GUAAUUCGACACAAGCUCCGAAACCCAAACACACCUCUGCGGAGAGCAUUUGCGACAUUGAAGUGCCGACGCCUCGGUACCAUUACAACUAAAAAGCAUUGUCACUGAGAUUAUUAAUUGUUUCCUUGAUAUGUUGUGAAGAGCAUGCAGAAAGCCUCAGUUAACAACUGAUCAUCGAUUUCAACUGACUCCAGACAAAGUGACCUGAGAAGGCAGGGCAGCAGAGUUAAGUAUGGCAUCCCGCGGGAAAUCCGAAACGGGGAAACUUAAACAAAACAUGGAGGAGCAAUUAGACAGACUCAUGCAACAGCUGCAAGACCUGGAAGAGUGCAGGGAAGACCUCGAUGAGGAUGAGUACGAAGAGACUAAGAAGGAAACUUUGGAGCAGUUGAACGAGUUUAACGAGUCACUGAAGAAGAUUAUGACGGGAAACAUGACUCUGGUGGAUGAACUAAGCGGGAUGCAACUGGCCAUCCAAGCUGCCAUCAGCCAAGCCUUCAAAACUCCUGAGGUGAUCCGACUCUUCGCCAAGAAGCAACCAGGGCAGUUACGAACAAGGCUGGGAGAGAUGGACCGCGAUGUGAUGGUGGGAAAGCUUCCGCAAGAUGUUUACACUCAGCAGAAAGUCGAGAUCCUCACUGCCUUGAGGAAACUGGGCGAGAAGCUGACUGCAGAAGAAGAAGGUUUCCUGUCUGAAAACGCCAGCGCUACUCUGAGCCAGUUUGAGAAAGUCACAGCAUGCCUAGGAUCAGAAGACAAAAUUCUGGCUUUGGCCAGCUCUGGUGUCAAGUGAAAAUAAGCAGCAGUAUUUGAUUGCAUGUCCACUUUACGUCCACAAGAGUUGUGUAAAUCAAGUCACGAUUUCGGCUCCCUAUAACAAGCAAGCAGAGUGCCAUUUUAUCAUUAACUUUGGAACCAGUUAUUGUAAGGAUUACCUUUUAACGUUCAACAGGAACGUUUUGUAAAAUUUAACUUUGUAUAUUUUUAUGCCUUAUCCAGGAGAUUGUAAACAUCAUUAGGUACUAUAAUUUAGUAUGACGGUGUGGAGUUGCUUCUGUUCCUGGGACACUGUGUAGUUUCUGAACAGAUUUUUAAGGGUUUGAAUUUAUGCUGGUGUUUUAUUCUGUUGUGUGUUUAUGGUUGCAGCUGCUGACUAGUCUAACCGUUUCAAAUGAACCAUUGCACUGUUAAAUAUGCAAUUGUGGACUUAAAAUAUUGAAUUUGAAUACUAACAUGUCUCUUGUGCUUCUGAUACCAACUUAAAUCACCUAAAAACAUAUCUACUGUUUGAAUUGUUUACAAUGUAAAUGUUAGCCUUUUAGAUGCCUUGUGUGUUUUGCUUGACGUUUGUAAAUGAGUUUGUAAUGUUUUCACUACAAAUGAAAUAUGUAUUUGAUCGUGAGUGGUAUUUACGUCUGAGCUUCCUAUGUUUUUUUUGUAUUCCUGAUAUAAAUUGACGAAGCUCACAAUUGUUUUGUCGAAAUCUCUUAAAAUAGCAAUAUAAUCAGAGGUAAGAUCAUAAGAUCUCCAAUGGAAUGUUACUCCCUUCAUCUAACACCAGGGGGUGCUGUACUACACUUAUUCCACAUCCAUGGAAUACUAACCAUAUCCCGAUUCUCCUACAAACCCUGUAGACACAGUCCAGUACAACUCAACUGCAGUCACAAAUCGUACAGAUGUAAAAAUUUGGGACAAACAUGUGAAAUGAGGGAAAGCAAGCAAGACAACAUUUGUACCCAUCUCUUUGUCCUUUAUUUUGUUUCAUGAGCGAGCGUCACCUUCACUACAAUUCGCCUGCCAAUCGGUAGAAAAGUGAAAGCAACCCCAACAAGCACAAAGGAAUUGUUCAACAGUUCUGAAAUCAUCACUUAUUCCUUAUCAGAGCAAAGAGAAAAAAACAAACACGUUUUGAGUGGUGUGGACAUUCAGAGACUCAGUAGUAUGCAGUGUGUUGUCUCCUGUACCCGCGACCCUCAACCUCACCUUGAAACACCGACCGCCCUCUGUCGAAGCGAUUCAUACAAAAGGACAAGUCCCUUGUGUCACAGAUGGGCAUUUCAGAUCCACAAUUUACAGGGCAGUGACAUUCAAUUUGAUGCAGAGGAGGCUAUCCGAGGGAGAAUAUAUAAUCCAGAACAUAAGUGUCAGAAUUACAACUCUGAUUUAGAUCGUUUACAUUAAAUAGCAUUUGCUUUGUACUUUUACCU